AAGAGUUACAUUUGAGUAUCAUGGAACUAACUACAUUUUUACGGUCAAUCGAGCGGUUAUAGUGGCUGAUGAUGAGAACCAAACUAAUUGUAUCGAAAGAGGGAUGAUUUGUAAGGAUACAUAUUUUGUGUUUGAAGCAUCAAAUGCAAGUGGCAUAAAGAUUAUCAACCAACGAGAAUCUGUUACAAGCAAGAUAUUUAAAGAAAAGGAGUUUAACCUUCAAUCCCUAGGUAUAGGUGGUUUAGGUGCAGAGUUUGUUGCUAUAUUUCGAAGAGCUUUUACUUCUCGUAUACUUCCUCGCGAUGUCGUGAACAGAAUUGGGGCAAAGCACGUUAAAGGGAUGCUUCUGUUUGGACCUCCCGGUACUGGCAAGACCUUGAUGGCACGCCAAAUUGGCAAAAUGCUUAAUGGAAAGGAGCCAAAGAUCGUUAAUGGUCCUGAAGUGCUAAGCAAGUUCGUCGGCGAGACAGAAAAGAAUGUAAGAGAUCUGUUUGCUGAUGCUGAAAAUGACCAGAAAACACUUGGUGAUGCUAGUGAGCUACAUAUCAUUAUUUUCGAUGAAAUUGAUGCUAUUUGUAAGUCAAGAGGGUCAACCAGGGAUGGGACAGGUGUCCAUGAUGGUAUUGUAAACCAGCUCUUGACAAAGAUAGAUGGUGUUGAGGCUUUGAACAAUGUUUUACUAAUUGGAAUGACAAAUAGAAAAGAUAUGCUUGAUGAAGCUCUUUUAAGGCCUGGAAGAUUAGAGGUUCAUAUUGAAAUUAGUCUUCCCGAUGAAGUUGGACGUUUACAAAUUCUUCAGAUUCAUACAAAGAAAAUGAAGGAUAAUUCUUUUCUUUCUCCUGAUGUCAAUCUCCAAGAACUUGCUGCUAGGACAAAGAAUUACAGUGGUGCUGAGCUUGAAGGUGUAGUAAAAAGUGCAACAUCAUAUGCUUUCAAUAGACAACUGAGCAUGGAAGAUCUAACAAAGCCAGUGGAUGAAGAAAAUAUUAAAAUUACUAUGGAUGAUUUUCUUCAAGCCCUACUCGAAGUUAAACCUGCAUUUGGAGCCUCUUCAAAAGACCUUGAACUCUGCAGACCUAAGGGAUUUGUGGAUUGUGGUUAUCGGCAAAAGUACAUCUACGAAAGAGUCAUGUUUCUUGUUGAGCAAGUUAAAGUCAACGAAAGAAGUCCUCCACUCACUUGCCUUCUUCAUGGGUCUAGUGGAAGUGGAAAAACUGCGUUAGCCGCGACCAUUGGCAUCGACAGUGACUUCCCAUAUGUCAAAAUAGUCUCUGCAGAGGCUAUGAAUGGCCUUCAUGAGAGCAAAAAAUGCGCACACAUUACCAAGGUCUUUGAAGAUGCAUACAAAUCACCAAUGAGCAUAGUUAUCCUUGACGAUAUUGAAAGGCUGUUGGAGUACACUGAAAUUGGACCGCGAUUUUCAAACGAAAUCCUUCAAACAUUAUUGACUUUCCUCAAACAGUCUCCUCCUGGUGGAAGCAAACUUCUUGUACUUGGUACAACAAGUGAAGUAACGUUCUUAAAAUCUGUUGGUUUGCGUAAAACUUUCUCUGUUACGUACUAUGUUUCAUUAUUGAGGACAGAGGAUGCCAUGAAGGUGCUAGAGCAACUAAACGUGUUCUCAGAAGAUGAUAUCGAAGAAGCUUCUGAAGCCCUUGAUGAUAUUCCAAUAAAGCAGCUAUACCUUCUUAUGGAGAUGGCAGCUCAAAGAGAUGGCAUGUCCAAAGAGCCGAUCUACAACAGGAAGGAGAAACUCAACAUCUGUCAUUUCUUAGAUUGUCUUCAAGAAGUUAACGGCUGCAUCUGAAGUUACCAUUAAUUCAUUUAAGACGAUCAUAUUGAUGUGUCUAAUGAAAUCGUACUGAGAAG